GCACGCUUGUAACUUCCUUUCAGAGCGAGGUCGUGUUUUCAUUGCUGCACGUUAUUUCACCAUCACCCAAAACACGACCUAAGAGCAUCAUACAAGCGUACAAACAUGCCUCAGAACGAACACAUAGAACUCCAUAGGAAACGUCAUGGCUACAGAUUGGACUACCAUGAGAGAAAGAGGAAGAAGGAAGGGCGUCGUGCCCAUGAAAUGGCAGAAAAGGCCAAGAAACUUAGGGGAAUAAAAGCAAAAUUACACAACAAGAAGAGACAUUCAGAAAAAGUACAGAUGAAGAAAACAAUUAAAAUGCAUGAGGAGAGAAAGACCAAACAGAAAAAGGAUGAUGUAGUGCCUGAGGGGGCAGUCCCUGCCUAUCUACUGGACAGAGAGGGACAAAGUCGUGCCAAAGUUUUAUCUAACAUGGUCAAACAAAAGAGAAAGGAAAAAGCUGGUAAAUGGGAUGUACCUAUUCCAAAGGUUCGGGGAAUUAGUGAAGCUGAAGUGUUUAAAGUAGUAAAAUCAGGAAAAACUAAACGUAAAGGAUGGAAAAGAAUGGUUACAAAAGUAUGUUAUGUUGGUGAAGGAUUCACAAGAAAACCACCAAAGUUUGAAAGAUUUAUCAGACCCAUGGGAUUACGGUUUAAUAAAGCACACGUCACUCAUCCAGAACUUAAAGCUACAUUCUGUCUGCCAAUCAUUGGAGUAAAGAAAAAUCCGACAUCGACCAUGUUUACCUCACUUGGAGUAAUCACAAAAGGAACAGUGAUAGAGGUCAACAUCAGUGAACUUGGUCUAGUUACACAAGGAGGAAAAGUAAUAUGGGGAAAAUAUGCCCAGGUGACAAACAAUCCAGAAAACGAUGGUUGUAUCAAUGCUGUUUUAUUGGUGUAGGUGUGAUGAAGUCUCGUGAUUGGUGGACCACCUGACAGAAUGUAAUUAUAUUCCAGGAACAGUGAACCAUCAGACAGAAUGUAAUUAUAUUCCAGGAACAGUGAACCAUCAGACAGAAUGUAAUUAUAUUCCAGGAACAGUGAACCAUCAGACAGAAUGUAAUUAUAUUCCAGGGACAGUGAACCAUCAGACAGAAUGUAAUUAUAUUCCAGGAACAGUGAACCACCAGACAGAAUGUAAUUAUAUUCCAGGGACAGUGAACCACCAGACAGAAUGAAUAUGAAUAGCAAACUAUUAAGAGAGUCUUAAGAAAUCUUCGUCCAAAACCAGUACCAAGUCUAACAGAAUGCAAUGAAAUGUUGAAUCCUUUUGCAUUCUUCAACAGAAUUGUCUAGUAUUCUUUGAAAAUUGUUGACCAUCGUGGAAAACCAAGUUUGAAACAGUUGAUUGGAAAAUGCUGUUUGCUCUUAAACUUAAGUAUGUGUAUUGCUGUUUAUCAUACACACAAUUAUUGUGUCCAAAGACAGCAUUGAAACAUUAAAUUUCAGUUCCAAUACAUUUCAUGACUUGUGCAAGAUUACAAGUCAUAUUUUCAAGAACUGAUCAAUAAGUGCAGCUUUUAAAACUAAAUGUGAAACAUCCAAAUAAAUGGACAAUUGUCAGUAAACAUCAUACUGGACAAUUGUCAAAUCAAAAACA